CAUGCCACAUACCAAUGACACCUUCUUCAAGCCGUCUAUCUUCACACUAAUUGGAGUUCCAGGCCUUGAAUUCAUGCAACACUGGAUUGGGAUCCCAUUCUUCAUCUCCUUUAUCUUGGCCAUGAUUGGAAAUAGCCUCCUCAUCACCAUUAUCCGCACUGAGCGUAGUCUCCAUGAGCCCAUGUAUAUCUUUUUAGCUGUGUUGGCAGCAACUGACCUGGGUCUGACUCUUUGCAUUACCCCUAAAAUGCUGGCUAUCUUUUGGCUACAGUCAAGGGAGAUUUGCUUUGACUCCUGUCUAAUCCAGAUGUAUUUCACUCACACUUUCCAGUGCAUGGAGUCUGGCAUUCUCCUUGCCAUGGCCUUUGACCGAUAUGUUGCUAUUUGUGAGCCUCUGAGGCAUUCUGCUAUCCUCACUAAGAAAGCGUUAAUCAGCAUUAUAUUGGUGGUGAUCAUACGAGCGUCUGUUAUCAUCAUCAUGUGUCCACUUCUAAUAAAACUGCGUCUGAAGCAUUUCAGAACUACAGUUAUCUCUCAUUCCUAUUGUGAGCACAUGGCUGUGGUAAAGCUGGCCUCAGAAAAUGUCAGGGCCAAUAAAGCAUAUGGAUUGUUUGUGGCUUUCUCAGUCCUUGGAUUUGAUGUAGUCUUCAUCUUCUUGUCCUAUGCCUUUAUCUUCCAUGCUGUCUUCAAACUGCCACAGAAGGAGGCACGAUUCAAGGCAUUCAACACAUGCACAGCCCACAUCUUCGUCUUUCUCCAAUUCUAUAUCCUCACAUUUUUUACAUCCUUCAUACACAGAUUUGGCUUCAAUGUUGCUCCUUACGUACAUAUUCUACUGUCCAAUCUUUACUUGCUUGUUCCACCCUUGCUUAACCCUAUUGUCUAUGGAGUAAAAACCAAACAGAUCCAAAAGAGGGUUAUCAAAAUGUUCACUACCAAGAGUUAA